CAUUCGUCUUUUAAAAUGAUUAAUAUUCAUAAAUUAAGUAAUAAUUUUUAUAAAAAAUAAAAUUGUUAACAUAUGUGAAAUUUUAAUAUUUAGAACUCUAUAUCAUCUAUUAAGUUAUUUUUAAAAUGAUAGUAAUAUAUUACUAUAAAUUAUUAUAUACAAAAUAAUAUAAAAUUUUAUAUCUAUAAAUGAAAUGUUAUCCGCACGGGUAUGCGGGUUAGAAUCUAGUAUUCAUUAGUAGAGGUAGGGUCUGAGACAUAUCUAUACUAUUAAAAGGGAAUCACUCUUAAAAAAUCUACUUAAACAAAGUUGUUGGACCAUUUCAUUAGACUUAACUAUUUAUUUGGUCUUAACUUAUAUUUCUCUAACUAUAUAAAUACUUUAUAUAAUUUAAAUGAAUUCAUUUAUUAUUUUCUCAUAAUCUAUUAUAUAAUUGCUCUAGCAAUAAAUCUAUAUGAAUAUAUGAUAAAUUAUUCAAAUGUGAUCAUUACCACAUAUAAUUCUAUUAGUAGUAUAAAUUUUUAAUGGUUUAGUUAUGUUUAAUAGAUAUAUAAUUUGUAUUUUAAAAUUUUAAGUACUCAUUUGAUCCUUACUUUGGUUUCUAUUUUUUUAUGCUCGAUUAUUUAUGAAAUUCAGCUUAAUUUUGAAUUUUUUUCCAGUUUGGUACGGUUUAGUGCAUUCGGGUAAAUGUACUCAAACAUAUACAUUAUCUCUUAUAUAAGAAGAAUUUAUUUAAUUUCAAAAAUAAACCCGCGCUUUCUAAGCGCGGGUCAAAAUCUAGUAUACAAUUAAAUCAGGAUCCUAUUUUAAAAAAUUUACAUUCAGCCCUUCAAUUUUCAUUAUAUUUACAUCUAAUGUCAUUUAUUUUUCACUCAUAAAUAUAAUUAAUCUUAAUAAAUGAAUUUACAAACAACAUGAUGAAUAUGAGUUUCCUUAUAAAUCAUAGGUAUUAUAUUAAAUUACCUAAUAUUUAGCAAAUUUAAAAGAUUGCAAUCUUUCAAUUUAAUACUUAAUAAAAACGAUUUUAUAAAUAGCAUAAAUAUAUAUAAUCAUAUAUGAUUUUACAUUUAUUGAACAUUCUCAAAUCUAGGUUAUAAAUUAUUGUUUACAAAACGUGGUUUUGCAACAAUAUGUUAGUUUAAUUUUUAAAUUAAUAUGCACGAUUUUAAAAUGCUUACAAAACAUUGUUUUUUGGAAAAUAUACAAAGAAAUUCGAUUACUAUGGUAUAUUCCAACAUUUUUGCUGAGUUGGUUUAUAAAUCGAUAUUAUUUUUAUAAAAUGUGGACUAUAUGACCACAAAAGGAAUAAUAAAAUUCAAUACUAAUUUCUAGAAUAUACAAUUUUAGGAUUGUUUCUAAACAUCGUUUUGAAAUUUUUUAAUAUUGCUUUCUAUCAACUUCCUUAAUGUAUAGCUAUGUAUCCAAACACAAAAACGAUCUAGCAUUUUUAAAGAAUAACUUGGGGAAAACAUUAUGUAUUAACUACAAACUUGGACAUCAAGGAUAGGGAAAACGGCUUAUCCAUGCCCGAACUAGGGGUCGCUGAGAAAAUACAUACUUUAACUUUUACUGCAUGUCAAAACAUACAUUCACUAAUCAAAAAUUUGAAAUUCAUGUAUGAACUAGGGAUCGAUAAAAAAAUACAUACUCCAACUCUUAUUGCAUGCCAAAACAUACUUUAACUAAUCAAAAAAUUGAAAUUUAUGCCUAGACUUUAGAAGUCAACCCUAAUUCAAAUCUAUACUAUUAUUUGCGAAGUAAUUUUUGGCAACAAAACUCUCACGUUAAAAAUUAGAGUGGUUAAAGUCUAUGUUACCCCUAAUAAAUUUUUAUACAUAUUCUAUUAUAUAAUAAAAUGAAUUUAUUUGUGAAUUAAUUUUUCGCAACAGAGUUCUCACGUUAAAAAUUAGAGUGGGUAAAAUCUAUGUUACCCUUACUAAAUUUAUAUAUAUAUAUAUAUUCUAUUAUAUAAUAAAUUAAUUUUAUGUUAAAAAUCUUAUAUAUAUAUUUAAAAUAAUUAUGAUGAUUCUUAUAUAUUAUGUUGUUAUCUUAAAAUAAUAUUUUACUAUUGUAAAAGUAGAAAAAUUAAGAGAAGUGAAUUUUUACAAUAUUAUAUUUUUUAAAAAAAUAAGAUAAUUCUUAUAUAUUGUGUUGUUAUCUUGAUGUAAAUAUUAUUUAUUAUAAUAUUUACUUAUACAAAUAUAUCUUAAAAUCACUUCUUAGGAAAUAUCCUUAUACAAAUAUAUUGCUUCAUUAAUAUUUACUUAGAUAUUAUUUUUGUCUUAAAAUUUAACUUUCGUAAUGGUAAAAUAUUAUUUCAAGAUAACAACACAAUAUAUAAAAAUUAUCCUAUAUUUUUUAAAAAAAUAUAAUAUUGAAAAAAAUCACUUCUCUUAAUUUUUUACUUUUAUAAUAAUAAACUAUUAUUUUAAGAUAGCAACACAAUAUAUAAGAAUAAUCAUAAUUAUUUUUUUAAAAAUAUAUAAGAUUUUUAAUAUAAAAUUGUUUUAUUAUAUAAUAAAAUAUAUAUAUAAAUUCAUUAAGGAUAACAUAGACUUUAGCCAUUCUAAUUUUUAGCGUGAGAGCUCCGUGUCGAAAAAAAUAUUUCGCAAAUAAUAGUAUAGAUUUAGAUUAACGUUGACUUAUAAGACUAGGCAUAAAUUUUAAAUUUUUGAUUAGUUAAAGUAUGUUUUGGCAUGCAAUAAAAGUUGGGAUAUGUAUUUUUUAUCGACUCCUAGUUCAAGCAUGAAUUUUUGAAUUUUUGAUUAGUGAAGGUAUGUUUUGACAUGCAGUAAAAGUUGGGGUAUGUAUUUUCUCAACAACCCCUAGUUUGGGAAUGAAUAAGCCGUUUUCACCAUCAAGUAUAUGUAAUAACUACGAAAAUUAAUACUGGAUACUAUAAAAAUAUUAUAUUUCUCUAUAAUCGUGGAUAUUAAAAAAUAUGUAAACUGUUGCUAACUAAACUAUAUGUAUUUUAAAAAAACAAUUACUUGAUCAUUACUCUAGGUAUUUCCUUAAUAGAAAUCAAAUAUUCCAAAAAUGUUUAGGUUGCACGGUUAUCGACCAUCGAGUAACUUAAACCUAUAUAUACACCCACAACAUAAAUUGUCAUUUUAAUAGAUUUUGACCCACUUUUGGAAAAGCUUUAUACUUGCGUGUUUUGCUAAAUAUUGUUAACAUAAUACAAUUAAUUAAAGGCUUCUACACCCAGGUCUGGGGUUCAAAUCCCAGACUAUGCAAAUUAUUGCAGAUUACAGGAUAUCCAGGUUUCAAGUCUCGGAGAGAGCGGUUUAUUAAACAAUUAUGCAAACUAUAGAAGAAAGGCUUGCAAGGGAUCUUCAACAUGGUGCAAAUAAAUCUGGCCAGGCGUGGAUCUUCAUAGCACGGCUCAGGUGAUGCAGUUAGGUAUAGGUCUUCAUAAGGCAGGUAGUAUUGUCGGUUGUCGAAUCGUCUAUGUAAUAUUUUCUAUAUCAUAAUUGUAAGAUCAUAAUAAAUCAGCGUUAAAAAAAAAUACAAUUAAUUAACAUGUUAAAGUUGUAAAUAAAAUAAAAAACACUUUGUUACUUUCUUUGAAUAAAAAUAGAAAAUAAUAGCUCCUCCUGAAAUAAACGAAUCGAAUUUUAUAGUCAAGUCGUUCACACACGGGAACUUUCCUAUCCUAUUCAAACGUAAAGACACGUCAAAAGAAAUAUUGUUGCCAAGAUACCUCACUUGACUUUCAAUGGGCCUAUGGCUAUAUGUUUCUCUGUUUCCUACGUCGAUUGACUUUGUCUAGAAUUAUCCUCAUACGUCACCAAUAUAAACAAGAAAGUUGGAACGAUGCAUUGACCAUGUGCUGAAUAUGGUUCUCACGUGUGUUAAAUCAACAAUGGCCCAACCCCACGUGUUUAAAUAAUAACAUAUAUAUAAACACACACGAGACGCACAACAUCAAACCACAACUCGAGAUCCUUAAAGCAGUGAAAAAGUGAGAGAAAGAUGGAUAACUUCUUUCUAGAUUCCAUUUUGGAAGAAGAAGACAUAUUCUGGGAUCUGAUCGCCGGUGAUGUCUCCGGCAACGCUGACAAUACCGUAAGUGUAGUAAACAGAAGCGCUUUUAGGUCAUACGAGAGGAACACGGAACAGACGAUGGUAUCGUCUUCAUCGUCGGUGAACGUGAACAAGAGAAUGUUGAAUCUUUUGAGAAAGAUUUGGGAGGAGAAGAAAAAUGCGUUAGCGCCGGAGAACGAGAGAUGCCGACAACAUAUGAUGAAAGAGAGGACGAGAAGAAUGAAACAAAAACAGAGUUACUUAGCUCUGCAUUCUCUAUUACCAUUUGCCACUAAGAAUGACAAAAAUUCGAUUGUUGAAAAAGCGGUCGAUCAAAUUGGGCAAUUAGACGAGUAUAAGAAAGAACUGGAGAGAAGAAUGAAUGUGUUGGAGGCAAAAUCAGCAACGGAUCAUGAUAAAAUGACUGGAACAAAGAUUAGGUUUAGUCUACAAGAACCCUUGUCUGGGAUCGAUUCAAUGGUAGAAAUUCUUCAAUGUCUUAAAUCAAUGGGGACAAAACUCAAAACGGUCCAAGCCAAUUUCUCUCCUCACGAAUUCUCUGCGACCAUGAACAUUGAGACUCAGAUACGAGGAGAAGAGGUGGAAGAGAGAGUGGAGAGAAGACUCCAAGAAACUGAAUGGAAGCUCCUCGUUCUCCCAGAAGCUUCGCGUAUCGAAGACUACUGAGUUCCCUUUGUAUUGACUUUCUGCUUUGUUGAAAAGAAAAGUAACAUUAUUCUUUCUUUUAUAAAUUCUAUCGACUAUCCGAUCGGUCCCAAAAUAAAUAUAUUUAGUGUUACAGAAUAAAUUAGUCUGAAAUUAUACCAUAUUAUUUGACCCAAAUUUAAACACCUUAAACUAUUGUCAGGGAUGAAUCCGUCGUUUGUUACGAUCGGUUUGCUACUUUUAAAUUUUGUUUUUAUUAUAUAAUUCAGUCUGAAUCACUGAACCACCAAUUUACAAUAUCAAUAUCUAUUUAAAAUGUUAUAACGUAAAAUUGUAAAAUAAUUUGGCAUUACUACAAAUACUAACUAUUAUGUGUGUCUUCAACUUAAUGAUAUAUCUAAUCAUCUUAAUAUUUACACCAAAAAAUGAUAUAUAUAUAUAUAAAUAUAUUUUGGUAAGACAUUAAAAAAUGAUAUAUCUAAUUUAUUAAUUUAGAAUCUUAUUUUUUAUUUACCAUACAAAAAUCUAUGUUAUUAAUUAGAAACUUAACUACAUAUCUUAAAUUUACUCAUAUAUGAUAUUUUCCUAACAGAAAAAAAUAAGCAAUAUACAUCUAAACAAUAACAUUCCUAAGAAAAGCCAAAUAUAUUUCCAUUAUGAUAUUUUCUUAUUGUUUAUCAUAUUUAAUCUACCAAAUUUUAUAUAUAUAUUUCAGUAAUUAAUUUUAAAAUUAAAUAGUACACCACUAUUAUUUUUGAAAUUAUCAUAUUAACUUUUUUAAACAAAAUAAAUAAUAAUUUAUUGGUUGUAAGUUUUUAUGUUUGAUUUCGUAAUAAAACUAAGAACACCAAACUGAAAUAUAAUACACUAAAAUAAAAAAUAUUCUAAAAUAUAAUAUUAAAUAAUUUAAUUUGGUCACAUAAAAAAAUUCGAGAAUAAAAAUUUUAAACAAAAAUUAAUAAAUUUUUAAACAAAAAUAAAUAAAAUUUUAAACAAAAAUUAAUAAAAUUUUAAACAAAAAUUAAUAAAAAAAUGUAAUAAUUCAUGUAAAACUAAUGUUACAAUUAAGCUAUUAAUAUGAUGUUGCAUUUUUAAAUAAAUUAACAAAAUAAAUGAUUAAUCUAUGAUUAGUACAAUUUCAUCAAAAAAAAAGAAAUUCAAAAAAUAUAUAAGUUUUAAAAUAAUAUUAUAUAUUUAAAAUUAAUAUUAGAUAUUUCUUUAUAACUUAUUUUAUUGUUUAAAUAUUAUUUUAAAAAUAAACAUAUAUCCGCACGUACGUGUGGCUUCAAAUCUAGUCUAUUAUAUUAAAAUAGAAUUCAUGACUUCUUUCAUGUAUGAUUUUUUAGUUUGGACUAUUCUUUUGAAAUUUUAUUAAAUGUAUUUUAUUAAAACUAACAACACAUAGAAUCUUUGAACUAUUAUAAUCAUAUGACUUCUUUCAUGUAUGAUUUUUUAAUUUGGACUAUUCUUUUGAAAUUUUAUUAAAUGUAUUUUAUUAAAACUAACAACACAUAGAAUCUUUGAACUACUAUAAUCAUAAUUUCUAUUAAUAUUUUUCAUUUUAAAUAAAAAAAAUAUAUUUUAAAAAAUCUAAUAAAUCAGCUUGAAUUUUUUUUUAACAAGAUCUUAAUUUUCAAAAAUUAUAUGUAAAUAUUUUAACAAGACUUCGUAAUUAGUUUUUAAGUAUUAUUAUACAUCAAUAUAUUCAGUUAUCAUUUAUAAAAUGAAAAAUUAUUUCCUUUUAUCUAUUUUAUAGUCAUAAUCAAUCAUGUUAAAAUAAAAUUAUUAUAUUGAACUAAAAUGAUAAAUUUAUAUUAAACUGCAAAUUUAUAAUUUUUUCUUUCAUAUAUAUGUAAAAUAUUCAUGUUAAAAAUAUAACACAAUGACAGAACAACUUAACAUUAGCAAAAUUUAUAAUACAUGUAUAAAAUUAAGAUUUUUUUUAUAUAUAAUAAUAUAUUAUCAAAAAUGAAUAAAAGUAAAAAAAAUCUAAAAAGAAAUUAAGUUUUGUAAAGCGUGUUAAAAUUUAGCAUAAAUUAAAUACAAAAUAAUAUUCAAAUAUGUUGUUUCAUGCAUAUAUUAAUUUGUUUAAUAACUAAAUGCAAAUACAGUAAAAUAAAUCUAUAAUAAAUAGCAACAAAUACAUACGACGGUUUUAAAUAAUUGUGUAACUACAACAUAUAACUGUUAAAUUAUUUUAUCUGAAAUAGUUAUAUAAACAUGUAAAUAUAUGAUUAAUUUUUCAAAAAUGUAUACUACUAAUUAUCUAAAAUAAAUAUCUACGUAUAUAAAACGGAAAACAAACACCUACGCGGUUAUGAGGAUCGAAAUCUAGUUAAUGUUCAGUCAAUAAUGUUGUGUUAGGCAUUAGUUAAUCCAAUUGUGAUCUAAUAUAUAAGUAUCGAGCAUUACGUAUUUAACUAUUCAUCCAUGAGGGGAGUUACAUAAAUGUAAUGUAAAAAUAUUUGGGAAAAUUGUUUUCUAAGAGCAAAAAAAAUGAUAACUAUGUUUUUUUAAACUAAUAUCUAUUUUGUGUUAUUUUUGUCUAUAAAAUUUUUAAAAUAAUUUUAAUAAAUAGUUUUACAAACAAAAAAAUUGGAAAAAUAAUAACUAUUGAUAAAAUACCUAAAUGAACUUAAUAAUAUUUUUUCAGCUCUAAAAAUGGUUAAAUCAUAGUUUUCAGAUUUUGUUCUAAAUCAAAUAGAAAUGACAUUCUACGAAGUAGAAAACAAAAUCCACUGUUUUCAUUGAAUCUACAAUGUUUAGAAAUACGUGAUUUACGUAAAUAAGAGUAUUCAAAAAAUACUUAGAAUAUACAUUGCACGCUUAACCUACCAAUCUAAAAUCUUUAGAAAUCAAAAUCUACA